CCUGUCAGAGGCCGUCUGGUUUCAGAUAACCAUUUGGUAAUAAGAGUUAACUCUUAUUAGUCCACAAAGUGUUUAUAAAUGUUCUGUGACACUGCUAACUAGAACCUACUCUAAUUACUGAACCCGUUUAUUUCACCCCAAGUCACCCCAUUGUCACAUCCUUUAAAGAACAGGUCUAACAGGACAUUGAAAUCACCGAGAUGUCUUACAACGCACUCGCCGCUCAAAGUUUUGUUGCUAUUUCGGAGUUGCAUCCAAACACUUUACAUCCGAGAGUUGCUGGUGUAAUUAUUGGAAAAACUGACGUCAAAAGCUUCCCAGACAGAAAAAAUAUUGGCUUUGACAGAUUCACUUUUGGCUUCACCGUCAAAGACUCUGUCGAUUACUUCAUCAAUGUGACGUCAUGGGGUGGCGAAGGCUACAUCAACAGUCUCUCUGGCAGCUUCAGUAUUGGAGACUGUGUCAUAAUUGAAAAUCCUCUAGUUGCUACUAAAGAUCCUGACAAGGAGGAUAGAUUCUGCCCUUCUACUCCAAGUUUCUACAGGCUGCUGGUGACAGAGGCUCACUCCCGGGUGACUCUCUGCGCCGACACGGAGGCCAUAGAGCAGCUGCUGCCGCUGCUGCACCUGCCUGUGAAGGACCCCAGAGACUUCUACUCCCUGGGGGACAUCGUGGCCAACGGACAGAGUCUGGACGGGAGCGUCAUCAACAUCCUGGCCGCCGUGAGAUCCAUUGGAGAGCCAAAGUUUUUCACCACGUCAGACGGUCGCAAGGGACAGAGGUUGGAGGUGAAGCUGUUUGACGACUGCGUCCCCUCCUUCUCCUUGGUCUGCUGGGAUAGGGAGGCCAUACAGCUGGUGCAGCGCUUGCUGCCCAGAGAGACAGUGCUCUUCGUCUCAGACGCACGUGUCGGUUUCGACAGCUUCCGGAACUGCAUGGCAGCCACGGUCAACUCCAAAACCAUCGUCACCGUCAACCCUGACACUAAGGAGGCCAGCCUGCUGUUCAGCUAUGCUAAGGAGCUGUCUGACUCUGGGGCUCUGGAGGAAGAAGUCAGGCCAGGAGAUGUUCUUGUGGAGUCCAUCAGUGACGUAUACACAGUCAGUGAGCUGAAGCUGAGAGCCCAGGAGAACCCAGAGGGCUUCUGUGGGAUCACCUACAGCUUCAUCUCCAAGCUGGACCUGGACUCCUCUGUGUCCAGGGUCAUUAGGAGCAGGUGUUCCAAGUGCAGGUACCAGGUCAGUGAGGACCUGCAGAGCUGCAAUAACCCAUCCUGUCCAGCAGGGGGCCAACCGCUGAGCAUCACCACAGGGUUUGACCUGCUGGUUGAUGUGACUGACCACACUGGAACCCUGCAGUCCUGCUACCUCAACAGCACUGCCGCAGAGAAGACCCUGGGCUGCACCCCUGAGGAGUUUGCCAGUUUAACUGAUGACGAGCGAACGGCCUUGAAGUGGAGGUUCCUCUUGGAGAGAUGCAAGAUCUACCUGAAGAUCCUUCCAUCUCCUAAGUCCAGGAAUGGUGUCAAAGGGAGUGUGCUGGCCUGUUCUCUGGCUGAUCCUGGGGAGGUCAAGCAGAGCCUGGCUGCAGGCCUGCAGUAACUGUUACCAGCCCAGUCUGUGUCUAGUCCAGUUUGGUCUAGUUGUGUCAUGUGUGUUGGGUCUAUAGAUUGAUGGCUAGUAUCUCAGUGACUAAUAGUAACUCAUAAAGGACAGUACACAUAUUUGAAAUGCUGUUUUGAGAAGACUUGCUGAAAAUGUCAGCAUUUAUAAUUUUCUGUAUUUUUAUUUCUGUUCAUAUUAUUUUAUGCAUGAAAUGUAUGCAUGAAUUGAAUACUAUAUUGCGUAUGUAUUGUAAAAUAUUAAGUUUUUAUUAAAAUAUUUAUUUAAUGUA